AUGAAGGGUUCAGCAAACACAUUUGCAGACAUGAUGAACAUACCAGAAUACUAUGCAGGGAAAAAUGUGCUGAUUACUGGAGCAACUGGCUUCAUGGGAAAGGUAAUGCUGGAGAAGCUUCUCAGGUCAUGCCCAGGAGUUAAUGCUGUCUAUGUAAUGGUCAGGUCAAAAGCUGGCCAGAGCCCACAGGCCCGUAUUACUGACAUGAUUAGCAGCAAGUUGUUCGAUAGGUUACGAGAUGAACAGCCUUGUUUUGCGGAGAAGAUUAUUGCAGUGAGCAGUGACCUCACAAAGCCAGAAUUGGAUAUGAGUAAGGAGAAUCAAAGGUUACUAGCUGACGUCAUCGACAUCGUCUUCCACUGUGCCGCCACCAUCCGCUUCAAUGAGCCACUGAAAGAUGCAAUGCAGUUGAAUGUCUUGGCUACCCAGAAGAUGCUCGCACUUGCCCAUAAAAUGAAGCAUCUGGACAUCUUCAUCCAUGUAUCCACAGCCUAUGCCAACUGUGAUCGAGAGCUGAUUGAGGAAAUGGUCUAUCCUCCCCCAGUAGAGUAUGUCAAACUCAUUGAUGCUCUUGAUUGGAUGGAUGAUGAACUUGUGUCUGCACUGACGCCCAAGCUGAUUGGUCAGAGACCAAACACCUACACCUUCACAAAAGCAUUGGCUGAGUAUCUGGUGCAGCAGGAAGCCGGGGACCUCAAUGUUGCUAUUGUCAGGCCCUCCAUAGUUGGUGCCAGCUGGAAAGAACCUUUUCCCGGUUGGAUUGAUAAUUUCAAUGGACCAAGUGGAAUAUUUAUCGCAGCAGGUAAAGGGAUCCUUCGCACAAUGAGAGCAUCUAAUGACGCAGUAGCUGACUUGGUGCCAGUAGAUGUAGUCAUCAAUACCACACUGGCUGCAGCCUGGUACUCUGCAUCCCAAAAACUGAACAGGCCCAAAUCCAUACCUGUUUACAACUGCACAACUGGUGGCAUCAAUCCAUUUCGCUGGGGAGAAGUUGAAUACCAUGUAAUAUCUACUUUCAAGAGGAACCCUCUCGAACAGGCUUUCCGUCGGCCCAAUGUUAAUCUCACAUCCAAUCACCUAAUCAAUCAGUACUGGAUCGCUGUGAGCCACAAGGCUCCAGCCUUCUUGUAUGAUGUGUACCUCAGGCUGAUUGGACGAGAACCCAGGAUGAUGAAGACAAUCACUCGCCUUCAUAAAGCCAUGAUGGUGCUGGAAUAUUUCACCAGUCACUCUUGGGUGUGGAGCACCGACAACGUAGCCAUGUUGAUGGCCCACAUGAGCCCUGAAGAUAAAAAGGUGUUUAAUUUUGACGUGCGUCAGCUGAACUGGGCAGAGUACAUGGAAAAUUACUGCAUGGGCACGAAAAAAUAUGUCCUCAAUGAAGAGCUGUCAGGCCUGCCUGCUGCACGCAAGCACCUGAACAAAUUGAGGAAUAUCCGCUACACGUUCAACACCAUCCUAGUGGUGCUCAUCUGGCGGGUUUUCAUUGCCCGAUCUCAGAUGGCUAGAAACAUCUGGUACUUUGUAGUGAGCCUCUGCUUUAAGUUUCUCUCCUACUUCCGAGCAUCUUCCACCAUGAAGUAA